UUCCCUCCCUCCAUCACUUCCUGUAACUCUACUUUAAAACCCAGCGGCCCCGUUGGAGCUUCGCGGGUCAAUUUUUGAACAUUUUUGGCGAAAUCCGACUGAUAUCGGAGCCAUCACAGCCGCUAAAAUGACGGUGGGAAAGAGCAGCAAGAUGCUGCAGCACAUCGACUUCAGGAUGAGGUGCAUCCUGCAGGACGGCCGCAUCUUCAUCGGCACCUUCAAGGCCUUCGACAAACACAUGAACCUCAUCCUCUGUGACUGCGACGAGUUCAGGAAGAUCAAGCCGAAGAACUCGAAGCAGCCGGAGCGCGAGGAGAAGCGGGUUCUGGGUCUGGUUCUGCUGCGGGGGGAGAACCUGGUCUCCAUGACGGUGGAAGGACCACCCCCAAAAGACACGGGCAUCGCCAGGGUUCCGCUGGCGGGCGUGGCCGGUGGCCCCGGGGUCGGCCGUGCCGCAGGGCGUGGCGUGCCGGCAGGAGCCCCCAUGCCCCAGGCCCCCGCGGGUCUGGCAGGACCGGUCAGAGGAGUGGGCGGGCCAUCGCAACAGGUGAUGACCCCCCAGGGCCGGGGAACGGUCGCCGCGGCAGCAGCCGGCGCCAGCAUCGCAGGAGCGCCGACGCAGUACCCUCCGGGCCGAGGAGCCCCUCCCCCAAUGGGCCGCGGAGCCCCGCCCCCUGGCUUCACAGGAAUGAUGGGCCCACCCCCCGGCAUGAGGCCCCCCAUGGGCCCACCAAUGGGAAUGCCUCCUGGCCGCGGAGCACCAAUGGGAAUGCCCCCUCCUGGCAUGAGGCCACCCCCCCCUGGGAUGAGAGGCCCGCCUCCCCCAGGCAUGCGCCCCCCAAGACCCUAAACCACACCCUCUCCCUCCACCCCCCACCACCGCCUGGCUAGUUGUAUAGUUUCAACUUUUGUGUUUUAUGUUUUUUUUAAUAAAGAGUCCUCGGGACAU